AUGGUACGCAGCGUCCUGUACGGGUCCGAGCAGGUGCGGCAGGAGACGCAGGCGACUUUGUCGAAGGUUCUGGCGCGCGGCAAGUACGUGCACGAAAUGGCAGUGCACCAUGUGAAGCCGGGCUGCUUGCACGAAUACCAGGAGAUAGUAGGCAGGCUGUAUCCGCGCAUGGUCCAGGACAUGUCGCCGCAGGUGAAGCUGGUGGGGAGCUGGAUGACAGACAUUGGCGAGCUGGACACGGCGGUGCAUAUCUGGGAGUACCAGGGGUAUCCGGCGCUGACGCAGGCGCAGCUGGCGCAGCUGCUGGUGAAGAGGCGGUCGCAGGUGAUGCUGGAGUUCCAGUUCUGGCCGACCCACCCGCCGGUUGAGAAGGGCGGGGUGUAUGAACUGCGCAGCUACACGCUGAAGCCCGGCACGCUGCUGGAGUGGGAGCAGAACUGGCGCGUGGGCCUGGGCGUGCUGAACCAGGUGCACCACCUGUGGCAGUAUCCGGAUCUGCAGGUGCGCAAGCAGGUGCGCGAGGACGCGUGGAGCGAGAACGGCUGGCCCGAGACGGUGCUCAACACGGUGCCGCUGAUCCAAGAGAUGAGCUCGAGAAUUAUGCUGCCAAUGCCAUUCAGCUCGCUCAAGUAG